AUGACACAAAGUUCAAACGCAAGGACCAGUAACAAUAGUGGCGACAUUCCUCCCAUUCCUCUUUCAUCGAAGAAUAAAGAAUAUGUCAGAUUUUGUUUGAGACCAUCUCAGAGUCAAUGCAUUAAGCUGAGAAUUCAUCAUAUGAGAAAGUUAGUAGAGCAUCCUAUUAAAUGGUAUGUGGAUGGAUUAGUGUAUGAAAUGGAUUGGUUUUGGGAUACUGAUUACAUGUCAUAUAUGCAGUUUGAAAAAUUGGUAAUAAAAGAGGGAUAUAGGAAUAUCAAACGCAUGUGGUAUUGGAACCCCAAGUAUAGCUUUAGUCGUGGUCUGAGACCCCUUAACUGUGAUGGUGAUGUUCUUAAGUUAGUUGAGGAUUUAAAAGGAUUUAACUUGGUGGAUGUUUAUGUUGAGCACACAGUAGAAGUGAUAGAUGAGUCAGACAUAAUACAUGAUUAUGAUGAGGAUCGUGGUCCAAAUUAUGCUGAGGAUGAGGUUGAUAUUGAUGUUGAAGUUGCAAAUGAUAAUAAUAUGGCUGAGAAUGUAGUUGCAAGUGAUAAUGAUAUGGAUGAUAUAGAUGGGAAUGAAGCUGACAGGGAAGAUGUUGAGACUGAACAUGUUGAUGUUGGAAUAGAAGAUGACGAUUAUGAAGAUGAAAACUAUGUGGCUGAUAGUGAGUUAUGUAGUUUUUCUGAUGAGGAAUUAGAAUGCAGUGAUCAUGUGGAACAAAAUGUGGAUUUGGAUUGGACAACUGUCAUGCAUUGUGUCAUGCAUUGUGAUGAGGAUCGUGAUAAGGCUCGACACUCUGAUGAGGAUGGUGAUUCGGAUGUGCUGCAUACACCUAAUGAGAGUGGUAAUGAUGAGGAACAUGAGAAGUUUCCUUCUUAUAAAAGUGACGAGUCCUUAAAGUUUGAGCUUGGUAUGGUGUUUAGUAAGAAAGAAAUGGAGAGGGAUGCUGUAAAGGACUAUGGUAUGGAGAACAACAAAAAUGUUAUCAUAAAGAAAAAUGAGGCAAAGAGAAUGGUGAUUAAAUGUAUGGAAGGAUGCAGUUUUCACAUGAGAGUUAGUAAGAGGGUAGGGAAUCAAUAUUGGCAAGUGGUUAGUUUAAUUGAUGAACACAAUUGUGCUAUAACUCCAUAUAAUAGGCAAGCAAAGACUACAUGGUUUGCUAAGAAGUUUGGUCACAUUCUAAGACACAACCCUAACAUGAAGCCAGCAGGAUUGAUUGCCCAAUCUCUUAAAAGAUGGGGAGUGAAUUUGUCACAUGAUCAGGCUUAUAGAGCUAAAAGGAGGGCUAUGGAUAUGUUACAAGGGGAUGAGGCUUGCAAGUAUGGCUUUGCAAAAUUCUGGAGGCCAUUAAUAGGGCUGGAUGCUUGUUUUUUGAAAGGUGAUUUUGGAGGACAGUUGAUGGCAGUAGUUGGGAGAGAUGGAAAUAACAAGAUUCUGCCUAUUGCAUAUGCUGUUGUGGAGGCUGAGACAAAGGAAUCUUAG